CUCUCCUGUGGGCCCCCCCGGUGAUGGGGCUCAGAGAUCAGCCGCUGAAGGGUUUCCCACAAAAGAUUGUCCUCCGGGCCUUCUUUUAUCGUUUGUUUUUAAGAGUUUCAGUGCCCACUUUGGUAAUUAAGUUGUUGUGAUCAGCCCAGAAUAACAGAACUUUUUGGCAACACAGUUGAAUCGUAAUCAUCUUUUCUAUUUUCAUGCUUUUAUACUGUUUUUCUCUUUUCUCGCCUGUGUAAAAAAAUACCGUGUUACAAAGCUGAUAACAGACAACUGUUCUUUAAUUCUAAAACAUCGUGUUCUUUUUUCCAAGCGGGAGACAGUUAAGGUGAAGCCAUCUGCUCACAACUCCGGAAAUUUGGUGUGGAUGUUACUUUUUACUCUAUUUGUUAGAACAUCGGGGCUGCUAUCAAUAAUUAAGCACUGUGCCCAUCUCCCUGAUUGUGUCUCAUACGUUUUUCAUAGUGGAGAAGUAUCUACAGAGUGUGUUAAAAUUGAAAUCUGAGAGUUAGGUAAAGCUGCCUCAACCCGAAGCAACACCAGAUUUCCGAGUUUGGCAGGAGAAGCAAGGGCAGGUCUGAGGUGAGCCUGCUGAGCAGCAAUGUCCAGCACACCGUUUCUGAGCCUUAUGUGGCCACAAAGCCCUGCUUUGUGGGAUGUGAUGAGGCCCGGGGACUCGCCCAGAACUCCAAGUGUUGGCACCAUGCCACCCUUCAAAGCCUGGGGACCCCUGAAGCCGUCCCUGGUGAGGGCCUGGCCUGUGCUGCCCAGAACGUGCAGGUAACUUUGUGUCUGUCUCUCACCCUUCCAGCCCCCUCUGGGCUGCCUGCCACCUCCCCCUCUGGGUCUGCAAGACCAACUCUCUGACCCCGAGUAGCUCCCUGGGUGACCCUGGAGGACCAGGGGGCUGCUGUGCAGAGGCACCUGGCUCACAGGGGCUAGGGGUGCCCAGGCCCUGCACGGAGCCCCACCCCCGCAGGUCCCUGUGUGUUGGGUCCACUUUUGGGGUCUCACUGAAUUCUCACCUAGGGUAUUGUGAAGUAGUUAACACUAUGGACAAGAAAUUUGUGGUUAUUUAAAAAUAACUGCAUACAUCUUCACAUUUAACAGUCGUUUUAGGAUGUCUCUAAUUUUGAGACAAACAUUCCUUUGUUACAACUGGUUCUAGGAAAAGAACGUUUACGAGCACAAUGCCAAACAUCUGGAUGACAAUGGGGUUUUUCCAUCUCAUACCGCUGCCCUUUCGACGCUGCGGUCCGAACAGCAAGCGAAACGAAUUCAUAGUCUGUUUUCAGGCGAUGAGUCGAUUUUAAAGAGACUUUCAGAGCUCACAGAGACACUCGAGGCCUCGUAAGCCAGCUCUGUGUGCCUUACAGAGGAGAAGCUGGACCAGGCCCCUUGCUUCUGGCUGUCAUCACCUGCCUCCCACUCUAACAGGGGGCCUGUGGGGGGUGCCCAGUGGUGUGGGGGCCACCCUGACACAGGGAUGUCCAGGAAGGCCUCAGAAAGUUUUGUGAGGGUAGAUGUUCUGCUUUUCAGCUAUAUAAUAUUUUUGCUUUAAAGUUAAUUAACCCACCUAUACUUCCGCAAGUUUUUUAAAUAAGCAGGUAAUAUUUUCAGCAUUAAAAAAGUAAGGUGAUGUAAACCUCCUAAAGAAUAAAGUCUCAUAGGAAGUAUGUGUAUUUAUUUUUUGGAGCAAAUGAUCAGGGAUAUCUAUACUCAGAAUCAAGACCAUUGAAUCAUGUCUGUGGUUUUUUUUCCAUAGUGAAAAAUCUUAGGUCAAGAUCAGCACUUUAUUAAUGAUCUCACACUGUCCUUAAGUGUUUGAAAUUUCAAAAUAUUAAAUAGCUUGACUAAAAAGAGAUUAAACUUUCUGUAUUAAAUACGCAUCUGUGCGCCUCUCCCUCCAUUCACCUCAGGGUUCUGAUACUUUUUUCCUUCCUGGCUCUGAGACUCACUGGUCUAAUCGGAUUAGAUUCUGGAGCAAAACACAUGGAGAAAGUCCCAUUUUUCAUCAUUUGAUUUCAUUCACGGGAUUAUGGAUCUUAUUUAUCUUUCCACUUUGUUUUCAGAGUAUCUUGUAACUUCAUAUUUGCCAUUCAAAUGUGUUACGAUCACACAAGCAGCUCACAACGGGCCACAUCAUCCAAAACUACGGUUUUCUGUGUCCCCUUCAUGUGAGCUUCAGGAUGCUUUAAGUCACCUGGGGAAAGGCAAGCUCUUGCAGUGUGACGCCGCCCGGUUCACGCCCGGGAGGCGGAGAGGCUGCUGCGGACCCGAUCGCCGCACAGCUGCUUCACAGAGGCCGGAGCUGGUUCAAAAACCAGGGUCUCUGUCCUCUGAGGACCACGACUUCGACCCCACCGCGGAGACGCUGGCCCAGGGCUACGAUGAGGACAGGGCUCUGGAGGAGGAGGAGGUGAUGGACGGGGGCAAGGACUUCGGCUCGGAGAUCGAAGACCUGGAGAAGGAGGGAAGCCUGCCUCUGGAGGACCUGCUGGCCUUCUACGGCUGCGGGCCCACCCUGCCCGCCACCGCGGACUCCAGCGUGGACAGCUCCCCGAGUGGCCUUGCGGAUGAGCUGCCAGACAUGACCCUGGACAAAAUCCCCGGGGAGCCUCCCUCGCCUUUCCGCUCUCAGGCAGGGAGAGGAAUCCACAUCUUGGAGCCUCUUCCUGAGGAGAUAGCCAAAGACCUCUUGUCCGGGGACGACGAGGAGACGCAGUCUUCUGCAGACGACCUGACCCCGUCCGUGACCUCCCACGAGACGUCCGACUUCUUCCCGAGGCCGUUGCGAUCGAACACGACCUGUGACGGGGACAAGGAGUCAGAGGCGGAGGGCGUCGAAGCAGACGGCGGGGAGGCGCCCGAAGACUUGAGGAAGGAGAUCAUGAUCGGCUUGCAGUACCAGGCGGAGAUCCCCCCUUACCUCGGGGAGUACGCCGGGCAGGAGAGAGGGCCCGAGCAGGAGGACCAGCUGCUCUGGCGUCCCGGCGCGGUCCUGGAGAGCAGAGUGACGGAGUACCUCGUGGAGGCUGCGCUGCGGACCGGGGGCGAGAAGGCGGCCGCCCGGGGCGCGGCAGGCGCAGCCACGCGGGACAACGAGCAGGCAUUGUAUGAACUUCUCAAGUGUAACCACAACGUCAAGGAAGCCAUUGAGAGGUACUGCAGCGACGGAAAGGCGUCUCAAGACGGGAUGACCGCGUGGACGGAAGAAGAAUGCCGCAGCUUCGAGCACGCGCUCAUGCUCUUCGGGAAGGACUUCUAUCUGAUACAGAAGAACAAGGUGAAGACGCGGACGGUGGCCGAGUGCGUGGCGUUCUACUACAUGUGGAAGAAGUCCGAGCGCUACGACUACUUCGCGCAGCAGACCAGGUUUGGGAAGAAGCGCUAUAACCACCACCCUGGUGUCACGGACUACAUGGAUCGCUUGGUGGACGAGACGGAAGCUCUGGGCGGGGCGGUCAACUCUCCGGAUUUAACCUCCAGCCGGGCUGAGCCGGCGCCCGAGCCGCCACUGAACAUCCUCAGCUCCUUCACCGCCGGGGACCUGACAGCUCUGGCGGGGGGUGCUGCACCCGGCUGCGGCCCUGCGGACGGGAACUGCCUGGACGACGGCUUCCCGGCGCUGGGCAGUGCGCCCCGUGCACAGGCAAGCCACGUGCCGGUGGGCACCGAGGAGCUGCUCGCCCUGCCCAGCAGCGGGGAGGGCGACUGCUUUAACUUAUUCGAGACCGGCUUUUACCCCUCGGAGCUCAACCCCAUGCACCUGUGUGGCGAGGAGUCAGAAAGGCCUGCCAAGAGGCUGAAAGUGGGCAUCGCCGUCCCCGACCCUUUUAUGAGUGAGGUCUCCGUCAGUAACUUGGGUGUGGACUUCGAAAACCACACGCACCGCAUCGCCAGCGCCAAAAUGGCCGUGUCCGUGGCCGACUUCGGCAGCCUGGCCGCUGGAGAGACCCACGGCUUCAUCAGCACCCACGCCCUGCACCAGCACGCUGCCCUGCACUCCGAGUGAGCGGCCGCGGCGCCGGGCUCGAGGACAGGUCAGGGGUGCUUAGUCUUUCACUGGAAGUGCGACCGCCUUCACUAUGACAUCAGUGAUGUCAGUAUGUAUCAGAACUAUGUCUUGAUUUAUCAAGAGUAUUUCCCUGUUUCAGUCCGUGAAUGUGGGACGAACUGUGAUGGGCAGAGUCGGGAGGGGACUGAACUCUGCGGUGCAGCUCCCAGCACCUCCCCCCACCCCUUCUCCUCCCGCCCCCCCCCCUCCCCGAGGUGAGACCUGCAGACAGGCCACCAGCCCAAAACCAGCACCGGAGUCCGCGCGAGCGGAGCGGCUCCUCUGCGCCUCAGCCCCUUUGCCGCGGCGGAUGCCGUGGGGUCACAGUGUUUACAGGGACUGGUCCCGAGCCCUGCUAAAUGUAGCAUUUUUUGGUUUUCUUAACUCAAAGCAGGGGUAGGUUUCUUUAACUGCACAAACAUGCAAGGAUUUUUUUACACGGAAACUUCUCUCAUGUUACUCGACUGGAGCACUUCGGUUUACAAGCAGCGCGGCCCCUCAGGACACGCCGGACCCGGGUCGGAGCCUCCACGGGGCUGCCUUCCCCGGGGCUGCUCGCCGCUGCCGGGAGGUUUUUACGUAACUCCGUCUAUUGGCUGCAGACUUGGCGUUGGGAGGUGUGGUAUCCAGGUGGGGUUUUGUCCACCAUUGUCCAGACUGUAACUGUGAAAGUCGUACUGGCCAUCGUAGUUCAGUCCCCCGGGGGCAGUCGGCCGCGGGGCCCCACCAGCCCCGCUGGGGCAGGCCUGGCUCGCGGUUCACAGGCUGUUGGCUAGGACACCUCUGCCGUGUCGGAGGGACUUCUGGGUCUCACCUGUGACGUAGGAGAGCCUCGAAGUAUGUCCAGGCGUCUUGUUUGGCUGGGACAGUCGACGAGAAAAGUGUGAGUUGCUCUCUGAAGUGGUUGCGUCUGCAGCUCCUGUUACUCAUGCUACGACCACUGGAGUGCGAGCGAGCCGCCUCCCUGCCCCGUAGACGCGAGUCUUCCUGUCGCGAGGCAGAGUCGGGCCACGCGUGAUGCAGUGUUAGGACGCAACAGCUCCGGUGCCCGGCUGCACCACCGGUCUCUGUCGGUGGCUGUGGCGUCCCGGCCAUGUGUCAGGCAGGAGCCUAUGGCGGCGGCGGGUGUGUGUUCCAGACUGAACCGCCGCACCGCCCUCCCUGGGGGGGUGUGUGCGCUCGCUGCUCUUUGCAGCGUCUCAGCGAAGGUGGGUCUGCAGUUCACACGCAGCACAGCACGCUCACCGUCAAACGCAGUUCAGCGCAGUGGACGCCGCAGGCGGAGGAGGGACCCGGCGUCAGUCCUGCUGGUGCCCCGGAGCCAGCAUUCCCGCCCGUGCACGCCGCACACUGCCUGCAGAGGGCGCCAGCUGGCCGUCUGCGCCACGGGGCUGUGGGCUGUGCGCUGUGCGGGACGUGGGCCAAUCAGUGCGACUUCUGUAAUUCAGUAAGAUACUGGCCACAGCCCCCGCUGUCACACCUUUAAUUUUCUCUCUGCGUUUACAGUGGCUGCUCUGUGUGAAGUGACGCCCACAGGGCGCAGGUCCCGUCCCUCCCGGGCGCCUUCGCUCUGGAGCUGCCCCCAGACGGCUUCGGUCCGUCUGCAUCGCUGGCGUCUCGGUACAGGAUGGAAACGGUGUUUCUUAUAUAAAGUUUUGAUUGUCAGCAAGUUGAAUGGACACUUUAGUUAUUAUUUGAAUAAAGGUUUUUGACCAAAUCCAGAAAUUGAUAUGAGAGAAAAAUAAAUUCCAGCUACUUUCGUAGAUGUUUAAAUGCCAGUCUGGUCAGCCUCUUAGAGAGGGCUGGCUGGCUGGCUGGUGACGUUUACUUUUAAUUCCUUGUUAAAAUAAGGCAAUAAUUUGCAAGAUUUUUGUAUAUAUGUGUAAAUUCUCCCUAUCUUUUUAGAUCUGACUCACUAUUUUCUGACUGUUCUGCCACAUACGCGGCCAUCUCUGUGUGUUGCUGGGACGUACGCAGACUGCCGCUGCGACUCCACCGUGUAAAGUAGCUAUUUAUUGAGUUGCCUUUUGAAAGUUGGGUUUGCCGUUUUUCCGCCUCUCCAUUUAAGUAUCGUAAUGCAGAAUUUGUUACUGUUUAUUAGAAGAAUUGCGUUUGAGAGCACGAAAAUAGCCAAUUUGCAGUCGUAUGAAGAAAUGAUAAUGCCUUUGUUAUCAAGUAUUAAGCACAAUUCUUAUAACAAACUGUGAUAAAUUCUUUUGGGGUUUUGUUUGGUGUUUUUUGUUUUUCUUUUUUGUGUUGUUUUGCUGCAUCAUCUUCACAUGAACAAACCAAAAAUCCACAAUGAGCAGUUGCAGUGUCGGCCGGCGCGUUUUCGACGCCCAGAGCCUCGGAGGGGCUGCAGGCGUGGCCGCUGCCGGGACCACAGCCGGGCUCCGGCCACUCUGCGGGCAGCAGCGUCUCCACGUGGGCUUCCUCCGCGUCCGGGUUUCCUCUGGUCACAGUCAGCUGCUGGGUUUACUUGAAGGAUGUACAGUACUCUUUAAACAAUACUAAAGUGUAUACAAUUAGGUCAAAGCAUUGUGCAAUUGUUUCCUUUUAAUUUGUAAAAUCAAGGGGCAUAAAUACUCGAGAACAUCGGCUCUGAUGGAGCGUGGUGAUUCUGUUAAUUUAACCAAAGCCUCUAGUGAGUCUUUCAACUUUGAAUGUAAACUAAUGAAGAAACCUGACCACCAAGGAGAUUGUUUGCCCAGAGUUUCAAAGCACAUUGUCUACAAGUGGGAAUCGAAGUAAUUUAUAAGAAUAUUGACAUGACUAUGUUUUUUAAAAAGUUCUUAAUUUUUUCACUAAAAGGAGGAAACUGUUAGUUUUAUUGUUAAAUAUGGUAGAUACUAAAAUUCUUCUUAGAUAAAAGCAGUGAUUUCAAUGGUCCCAGUUUGAAAUAUGCACCCUGUGAGUAUGAGAUUAAUUAGUGACAAUCAGAACGAGUUUUAGUAUCAGAGGUUCAAGAGGAGCUGCUCUUGCUGCAUUGGUUUUAAUAUUUGUACAUAAGCACCGAUUUUUUUGAGCAUUACUUUGUAUUUGUUGUACUUUAAUACGUGUACAGCGCCAGAAAUAAAAACCUGGGGAUCUUUCUGUUCUUGGUU